GCGAAGAAGAAGAAGAAGUAGCAUCAGCCGCGGCUAAUCCGCGUCUUGUCUGGAAAAUUUGUGAACGCCGAGCUUCUUCCGGAGAAGAGGAGUUUCAGCCUUUCGGCCGCUUGGCUUGAGGUCAUGGCUCAGCAGGCCGACGGAGCCCAGACCCCGUUCUCCGUAGGGCGAGGGCUCAACUUUAACAUGGCUGAGCAGGCUCCCGGCCGCCAGAUGGGGGGCGGGGCCUCGGGCGUUGGGAUGGGCGGGAUGGAGGGCCUGGAUGGCGGCGGCGGCCAGAUGACCCGGCGCAGCGGCGGCGAUGGGCCUCUUGGGCGCCACAUGAAGCUGUUCUCCAGUCUGGGCCUGUCGCCCUCUGACCUGGAUGCUCUGGCCCAGAUCCCUGACGAGGACAUCACCAUGGAAACGCUGCCCCGCAUCCUGAUGCAGCUGAAGAGCCGCAAGGGGGCGGCAGGAGAGCGCGGGGCGGCAGCCUCAGAAGCAGCUUUCCGUGGAGGACGGGACGGCUGGGACCCGUCUCCGGGUCCGGCUCGGAACCAGUCCUCCGGAGACUUUGGCUUCGGCUCCAUGCGGGACGGCUACGGCUCCGGGUCGGGGUCCGGCUACGGCAUGGGGGCGUCGUCAGACCCCUUGUUCAUGCAGAGGAGGAUGGGCGCGCCUUCCAGCGGGAAGAUCCAGGACUUCCUGGGGGUCGCGCCCCCCCUGUUCCCCCACGUGUGCUCUCUUUGUGACUUUGACGUUCAUUCCUCCAUGGAGUGGAACCAUCACACAUCCGGCCUGCGCCAUGCGGAGAACCGCCGCCGCCUGCUGGACAUGUAUCCAGACUGGGAGCCUGGCAGGAGGGACGGCCCCAACCUGUCUGCGGGCCUGCUGGGACCGCCGCCCAUGUCCUCCGGACCGCUAGGCGGGAUGUCCUCCGGCUGGGGAGGCCGUGGCCGCUCCGAACUCCCCAUGGGCCAGAACACGCUCCGCAGCAGGGUGGUGGUGGUGAAGUAUGACAGGAAGCCUCUGAGCAACAAGACGCUGUUCGCCUUCACCGAGACGUUCGGCCGCCUGCGGGAGCACCUCAUCCUGUCCAACAAGGCCUUCCUGGAGAUGGAGAGCCACGAAGCGGCGGCCAACAUGGUGGCCUUCUACAAGCAGCAUCCCACCAAGCUGUACGGGAAGCCCGUCACCUUCUACCUGUCCCAGAGGCUCAUGGUCAUCGAGAAGUCCCACCGGGGUGCGGACCCAGCGGCGGACCGGCCCUCCAGGGACGUGGUCGGCCACGGCAGCAAGGUGGUGUUCUUCGCCAACCUGCCCAAAGACGACGAGCAGAAGAAGGAGCUGCUAACCAUCGCCAGACGCUUCGGCACCGUGGACAAGCACCUGUUCCUCACUGACCAGGCGUUUGUCCAGCUGGGGACCAUGGAGGACGCAGAGAUGCUGGUCAAGUACUACAGCAUGAACCCGCUCAUCAUCAAAGGACGGCUGAUCCGCCUCAACAUCUGCACCAAGUACAAAACCCUCAAUGUGAGCCACAGGCAGGAGGAGAAAGAUGCUCCGAGUCGGAGGAUCAGCCGGUCGGACGCCUCUAGGACCUCCAGGGAGACCUCCUCCAGGAGCAGAGAGGAGAAGAAGAAGAAGGACGACAAGGAGAAAUCUGCAGCGGCGGAGAGCAAAGAAGAAGAUCCAGCAGAGAAGAAGAGAGGCGAAGAAGAGGAGGGAGCAGGAGGAGUCUCAGAUCAGGAGGAGGCAGACAGAGUAGAGCCUGAGAAGGAAGAGCAGGAGGAGCGACAUCAGGAGGAGGAUUCUAGUGAUGAUGACAUCACAGAGGGCGGGGCUAAGAAGUACGCUGGAGUUUCUGCAGAGGAUCCAGAAACCAAAGAAGAAGAGAGCGCUGAAGUACCAGACGAUGGAGAGGAGGUGAGCCGGUUCGACCAGAGCUUCCUGGAGAACAUGGAGGACUUUGUGACCCUGGACGAGUUGGACGAAGACGACGGCGACGAGGGCGACGACGGCAUCGACAACACGAGGAAAGGAGGCAUGAGGGUGGUCAACAUCCUGGGCUUCAGGCGCGGCUACAACUACCGCAACGAGAUGCUGGCGCUGGCCAAGCCGUUCGGGAAGGUGGUCAAACAUCUGGUUCUGGAUCUGAGACCCGAGGCCUACAUCCAGUUUGAGACGGAGGCAGAAGCCGUCAACAUGGCUAAGUUCUACAACGGCAACGUGACGGCGACAGUUUGCGGCCGGCCUGUCAGGAUCACUCACUCCCUGAGCUACCCCACCAUCCAGUGCGGAUCCGGCAGAGUCGUCUACAUCGGCCAGAUUCCCAACAUUCGCUUCUCCGACGAGGAGAUCCUGACGCUGGCCGAGCCGUACGGAAAGAUCCGGAAGUACUUUCUGCACCGGAUCAAGAGAGAGUGCUUCAUAGAGAUGGAGAAACCCGAAGCUGCAGAGAAAAUGGCCGAAGCCUGCAAAGGGAAGCAGCUCAAGUUCCACGGCAAGCGGCUGACCGUCUACGUGAGCCGCAAGUACAAGCAGCUGAAGCACGGCCAUCAGUACCCGGCGCCGUCCAAGAGGGACAAGAGUCCGGAGCGGAGCGGCCGCGGCGCCGAGGAGCCGCCGGCCAAGAAGCAGAAACAGGAGGAAGAGGAGGACCGCGAGGAAGAGGAGGAGGAAGAGGAGGAGAAGGAGGCCAAGGCCGGGGAGACGGAGGAGGAAGAGGAGGAGGAGCAGGAGGCGGGGCCAAGCUGUGACAUCACUGAAGGCGCCGCCGUGGAGAAAGACUCUGCAGAGAAACUUCCAGAAAGUUCAGACGAUACGAAACCAGAGGAGGAGAUGGAGACGUCGACCAAUCAGAACGGACAGACGGAGGCCCCGCCCCCUGCUGAGCCCGGCGUGGCGGCUCUCCCGCCCUACGACCCCGACACCCCCAUGGGCGUGGAGCAUGUGAAGAUGGGAUACUACUGCCGCCUCUGCUUCCUGUUUUACUCCAACGAGGAAAAGGCCAAGAAGGCGCACUGCAGCAGCCAGGCGCACUACGACAAGCUGCAGAAACAUCUGGAGAAGGAACGGGCCAAAGCACAGAAGAAGAAGCUGAAGAAGACGGCGGCCUGAAAACACCUGAAGAAGAGUUUCAUGUUUUUUGCUUUUAUGUUUUAGAUGUUUGUCAGAACGAACCGGGUCGGAACCCGUCUGGAUGUGGAUCUGCUGUUCAGAACAUUUUACACAAUAAACUGGUUCCUCAGAA